UCCAAUGUUUCUGAGCUUGACGAUAUCACCAAGACACUGCUGCAGAUGAAGGGCUACAUCCAUGAAGUAACCUACGCACCAGAAACCUCUGCAUCUGCUGUUCAUGAAGCAAAGGUAAAAGCCACCUUGACUGCAAGCCUAGCGAUUUACUCCUUGCUCCAGUGUCUCCAGGAAAGGGCACAGAAAGAUGUAGAACUGUUGGUGCUCCUAAUUACGACCAGCAUGGGGUACCGGGUGGAAAGCAGCACGUUUCAGUCCCUCCUUGGAUGUCCAGAAAUUACCUUCAUGACAACUCAAAUGCAAACGGGACAUCAGGAGUAUCUGAAUCUGAAGGAGCAAGACCUUUACAGAGCCCAGGCCCACCUGCUGCUGACGGGUCUGACUGUAACGCCCGAGCAUGAAGCGGUGUCCCCGGAGCAGAAGGAGGAGCGAUUAGUUUUCAUGGAAGAUCACAUGAAAAACUUAUGGUCCACAGAGAUAACAACUCUCCUCGAAAAGCACCGUGCACUCAAAGACUGGGAGAUGCUGGAAAGUGGCUUACAGUCCCUCAUCAGUGGGCACCUGGAUGACACCUGUGAUGAAGCAAAGAAAAACAGCAUAAUCAAAGACAUGGAAGACACUUUUCAAAGAGUAGAGCCUUCCAGUCAGCCCAAACCCACACCUGACACCAGCAAAUCCAACGCAGAUCAAGCUGUUGCAAACCAAAACUUCCUCCACUUACUCAAGCGCCUUGGACUAGAAAAUCACUAUCCCAAAAAGAUGGGGAUAGAAGAUUUCCACAUCAUAUACAAGACGUCCUUACACGACAGCCAGCCCAGCAAGGACAAUGAACUACCGUUUUACUUCUUGCAAAAGCUAUUAACGGUGGACUAUCGGGUGAGGUACCUGACUUGCAAGGAGGAGAACAACCCAGGACCCACACCCGGGCCAAACCCCACAGAGCAAGAACAGGAAACCUCAGAUUCCUUUGAGGACUUUUUCUCUCAUUUGGAUAAAGCCCGCAGACCUGCACCCAGGGAGAGCCGUGUGCACCCCAUGGACCUCCAGAUGGCAAUUUUUCAUUGUGCCGACGAUUUCAUGAGACAGUACAUGUUGACAAAGCUUGCUUUCUGCCAAUUUGCGCUCCCUCUGCUGGUACCGAACCCCUGCACUUCACAGAUCGAGCUGCCCAUCUGGUCCCUCAGCCAAAUCAAAAAGAGCUGGAAAGGGGCUGAGAAGUCGGGAACGCGGGGGACGAUUAAGAGUCACAAAAACAAACUCAUCUACCAGGCAGAGACGCCCAUCGUGUCCUUCAUCCGCAUCGGCAGUUCUCCCUCCUCUUCCAAGUCUCAGAUCCUGAAUGCUCUGCUGAGCAAACAAAAGCACGACACUUUCUUCCACCGGCACUGCAAAGGCAGCACCAAAGACUGUCUGCUGAUGAAAGGGGUGGUGGAGAUCUCCUGGUACUGUCCCCGGGGCAGCGACGACGACAGCUUUGGCUGCUGCGUGGCUUUCUGCAACCUGCACGGAGACGCGAGGGACCACAAAGAGCAGCUGCAGUUUUUGCAGGAGAUAUCUGCUGUGAACGUGGCUUUUGUGUCCGAGUCUGACCAGAGCGACAGGAGAACCAUGACAAUUUUGCGUGACCUGUGGCAGUCGCAGAGGCCUUUGGUUUGUCUUUUCACUGACAUGGAGAAUAUGGAAGCUGGCCGAUCCAGCCAGAACGUCAAAAUAGGUAUGAAGAACAGAAACGAGGCAGAAUUGAUGGAGGAGCUGAGCAAAACCAUCAGGGAUCUCCUGGAAAAGUCUAACACCCUUUUCAGCCUCGACGCCUGCCUGGACAGAGCCCGCAAGCACGGCUUCGUAGUCGAUGAGGAUACCGACGCGUGUGUGACAGCCAAAGGAAAGGCUGAGGCGCUGGUGAAGCUCCUGAAGGAAAAGAAGUUGUUUGAGAUCAAAUCCCAGCUGCUGCCUCUUCAGGGAAAACUGUGGUACAUGUGGUGUAAAAAGGACAAGGAGCUCACUCGCCUGCAGGAAAAGGGGAACAAGAGCAUCGAGCACCAUCGGAGCCAAAUUGAGUCAGAGAAGUCAGCCAUAAGAAGAAAGCAGCUGGACAAAGCGUUCCCCCUCAACCAGCUGAUGAAAUCGGUCCUUGGCUUUCUCCAGUCGCAGCCAGCAGACAGCAAGAAAUACUUCCUGCAGUGGAUGAAGGUCUUUAUGGACGACCUGUCCUCCGACCGCCUCGACGAACUGAGGAGGCAAUAUCACCAGUUAUGGUCUGAGAUCCUGGCAAUAAAGAGAAACAGCAAAAAGAUUGAUAUGAAACCUGCGCUGAUGCGUGAUUUAGAAGCCCUCUCCAAUGAGAUCAACGAUUCCUCCAUUGGCCUCGAGCACAUCUUGAGAGAGGUAGGGCAGAUCUAUGAAGCUCUGAUAUCGACUAAAUCAAAGGAGAAAUAUUUCAACAAACUGCCUGAAAUUGCAGCUGAUCUGAUGGUUUCGGGGUAUCCCAUCGAGCUGAUGGAUGGGGAUGCUUCUUACGUACCACUGCGAUGGGUCAGGGCAAUCUUUGACAGUUUAAUCGAGGAGCUUGGAGACAAGCGAGUGUUCGUUCUCUCGGUGCUGGGCAUCCAGAGCACAGGGAAGUCAACCCUGUUGAACGCCAUGUUUGGGCUUCAGUUUAAUGUCAGCGCAGGGAGAUGCACCCGGGGAGCGUUUAUGCAGCUAAUUAAAGUGGACGAGAAGCUGCAGCAGGAGGUGGACUUCGAUUACAUGCUCGUUGUUGACACAGAGGGACUUCGCGCCAUCGAGUUGGCCAAUAAACAGUCCCUGAAUCACGACAACGAGCUGGCCACCUUUGUCAUUGGCAUCGGCAACAUGACUCUCAUCAAUAUCUUUGGAGAAAAUCCUUCAGAAAUGCAAGAUGUCCUUCAGAUCGCCGUGCAGGCUUUCCUGAGGAUGAAGCAGGUACAUCUUUCCCCAAGCUGCCUCUUCGUCCAUCAAAACGUGGGAGAAAUAACUGCCAAGGAGCAGAACAUGGAAGGACAAAGGCGUCUGCAGGAAAAGCUGGAUGAAAUGACUCUGAUCGCUGCCCAGCAGGAAUUCUGUGAUGUCUCCUGCUUCAGCGACGUCAUCCGCUUUGACGUCAACACCCACAUUCAUUACUUUGCUCACCUGUGGGAAGGAAACCCCCCAAUGGCACCGCCCAACCCCACCUACAGCCAGAACGUCCAGGAAUUAAAGAGCAAAAUCCUCCAGGCUGCCAAGAAGGAGGCACAGGGCAGCGUUUUGAGGUUCUCCAGCUUGAAAGAUCGAAUUAGUGACCUCUGGAACGCUUUGCUGAAUGAAAACUUCAUUUUCAGCUUCAAGAACUCAUUGGAGAUCGCUGCAUACAAGAAACUGGAAACCGCCUUCAGUAAGUGGACCUGGGAUCUAAGGAGCCACAUCUUAGACUUGCAAAUGAAACUGGACAACAAAAUUCGGAAUGGGGACUUGCAGGAGGUCACCACAGACCACCUUGAAAAACAAGUUAAAGAGACAAGCGAUGCCAUCACAAAAGACAUGGAAAAGUAUUUCAGUGAAGACAGAGACUGUGAGAUCCUGGUCCAGUGGAAGAGCACGGAACUGAAGCUGAAAGAACUGAAAGAAUCUCUUCUUCUCGAAACGAGGAAGAAGUGUGAGAAUCUUAUUGAACUGAGGAAGAACCAGUCUAAACUGGAUAAAAGGAAGUCAGAAUAUGAGAACGAGCUCCUGAAAAAAAGCAGGGAGUUGGCUCUGUCUCUAAAAGGUCAGAAAUUGAGCGAAAAAGAACUGAGAGAGAGAUUUAUUUGUCUCUGGGCAGACUGGAUUUCAGAAGUCUCCUCUGCUGCUCCCCCUCUCAAUAAGGUUAAUAUUGAUCUGGACAUAGAAGCUGUCCUUCUAGAUCACUUUAAGGAGCCAAAAUUGCAUGAAAGAAUCAGCACAUUUCCCAGAUGCAAAGAAUUUUCUGUUGACUUGGAGAAACAUGUCGCUAAGAAAAAAAGGUUUGGGAUCUUUGAUAGGAGUAUUGAUGAUGCCGACAGCAGCACAAUACACCGCAUUACAGAGAACAUCAUAGGCUGCGUGAUGGCAAACAUUGAGAAGAAGGAAAAGGAGAAAAGGGAUUACGACCAAAGUUUUAUCCAUGAAAUACUACAAGAAGUACAGAAAGGUAUAAACUCUGUCCCUGACAGUGCAAAUUACAGUUUUAACAAAGAUUACGAGAUAGAUUUGACGCUGUAUCUCUGCGGAAUAGCCGCAGAGAGGUUUAAAGCCAUGCACUCGGCAUUCAGGAAAGCAAAUCAUCCCGCUGUCUACCUGGAGAGCAAGAGAGAAGAUUUCUUUAUCUGUUUCCAGAUUUCCUGCCAAGGAGCCACUUCUGUCACAACAUUUGCCAUUUUCCUGUGUGACAAGAUUGCCCCAGCUCUCCGGCAGGCGGUCUAUGAGAGGACAGCUCUUGCCAUAGCUCGAGACAUGAAGGCUAAAGUCCCAGAUUUCAGCGGCAACAGGGCCUCCCUGGAAGUUUGCAUGCUGAGGUACAUGGCAGAAGAAGAAAAGUUUGAGAAUUUCGAGAUGUACCUUAGUAGCCCACAAGAUUUCUUACAGAUUUACAUUUGGAAGCGUGUUGAUGAGUACUGCUCUGAGAACAGGAGGCUGGAGACGUUGUUAGAGAACUCCCUCACCCUCUGCUACGAAUGCAUCCUCUCAGCCGUUUCUGUAUCAACCAAGGUUGUCAAAGACCAAAUAGACAGAAAUGACAAAAUCUCUCUUUGGCUGGAUGCAUUUUGCCAGGAACUUGGAGAGGUGCUAAGCUUGCCCAGAAGGGACCUGAAGGGCAUCGAGCACCAGGAGGUAACAGACAUAGAGUUCCUGAAAAACGCCAUGACAGAAUCGCUGUCUGCCAUGAAGGACCAGCUCAAGAAGGAGCUCGCUACGGCUGACAUGAGCUCCCUUGAAAGGCAGCCUCACGAAAUCCUGGCGGAGCAGUUUUCGGGGUGCUGGGAGCAGUGUCCCUUUUGUGGGGCUCUCUGCACAAACACCAUGCCGAACCAUGACGGGGACCACCAGCUCCUCUUCCAUCGGCCAGAAGUUUUGCGGGGACGCAAGUGGCAUCAGACGGACAAUCUGUCCAUCGAUAUUUGUUCUAAUUGCGUCACAAGUAACUGUUCAUUCGGGAUCGGUGGAGACAAAUGGAUGCCCUACAAGAGAUACCGGGAUGCAGGACCUCCUUAUUCCACUUGGAACAUUCUUCCUGAUACAUCCAUGCAAGUGUACUGGAAAUGGUUUGUGUCUCAUUUCCGGGCAAACCUAGAAAGAUGGAAAAAGGGGAAAUUUCAAGGCAAAGGAGCAAUCCCUGAUUCGUGGCAGAGAAUUACAAAGCAGGAAGCACUUGCCGACCUGGAGAAGUAUUAGGCCAUUUCGAUAUGAAGGAAGAACCACAUCCUCUUUGCAUUUUAGAAGGCCGUGGUACAAAAUAUUGUUAUCACGACUAUGACCCCAAGCCACAAGAAGAAAAUGAUGUCUAAUGGCUCAUAAAGUUGGGUGAAAUAAGGUGAGAUACUCCUGCCAUCGUCCAAAAACUCUCUUCCUUCAUGCUGAAGUCAACACCCUCUUCCCUUCUUGCCAUAAGCCUUUACCUCUGCUUUGUCUUAGAGAAAAAAUCCCAAAACCCCAUCCCCUGCAGCAAGCAGUCAUAUGGCCAAGAUGAAGACCAAGUGGCAGGUGAAGAGCAAAGAAGCACUCCUUUGCAGGUCCCUGGGCCUGCUGAACUUUCCUCCUGCUCUUAGCCAUGGUAGCGACUGCUCUUGCCAUUUGCUUUGCCAUUGAGCAAAAACCUCUGUAUGGAAAAUGUGGAGAAUUCUGUGUCUUUUCGGCUUCCUCAGCAGCCAUCGGUGGUGUGUGACUUUAGCGUUGGUGCCAUCAGGACAGGCUGAUGGCAACAGAGCCAUGGUCUGGAGAACAUGGAACCAGCUGGGACGGCACCACUGAGGUGGUCAGUGGCCUUUGCUGCUGGAAAUCCAAGAGCCAAACCCUCCUGUAGAGUUGCUACAGUGGCGAUUCC